CGCCGCCUCCGGCCCUGAAGCCGUCCCCCAGGGCCACGCCUCCUUCACCAUCGACUUUGACCUGCAGGCGUCCAAUAAGGUGACGGUUAAGGACCGGGUGGCGAAGGUGGUGCCGGAGGUGAGGCCACGGCCCCCAAAGAAGGGCGCYGGAGAGGAGCUGAGCGCCCUGCAAACGGCCAUGGUGGCGGCGGAGGUGAAAGUAGCUGAUUGGCUGGCCCAGAACGAGAUCCCAUUGGCRCGUACGGAGUCGGUCGACAGAGUGGUGGAGGACGACGGGGAGAGCGUGAAGAGUGACGUGCCGGUUCAGCUGAAGAGUCUUAAAGGUAGUAAACACGAGGACGGUACCCAGAGCGACUCAGAGAACGCAGCCYCGCUGGGAGAGCAACGCCGGGCCGCCCUCGAGGACCACUCCAGGGGGCUGUGGGGCGGCCGACUAGAGGGGUCAGGGGUCAAGAUACGAGAGGGGCGCGCCAARGUCCCAGAGGGACUCUUUGCCGAGGAAGAUAGCCCAGCCCGACGACACAGGUCCUCAGCUUCCAAAAUGGCACCCAUCGGAGGAGAGUUAAGAGAGAGAGAGAGGACCAAGGAUUCCGUUCCUUACCACCGCGACCAACACCAACCGAUAGGACUUGGGGAGGGGUUUCAGAAUCGCCAUGGAGACGACUAUAGUGACCGGGGGACCUAUACCAUAGAGAUAGAGAACGAAGAUAACCAAGAGGAGGAGGCCAGGAGAAUGAUUGACAAGGUGGGGAUGGUAUUUGGUGUGGAGGACUACCAGGCUCUGUCCAGGGUGGGGGGKUAUCCUGACAUCCAGAGAGAGAGACUGACCACUCAGAGACCAGGCUCAGGAGACAGAGGCAAGCCUGGACGUAUCGAACCAGAGUCUCUCCCAGAGGAGCUGGUUGUGGGUGGUCCCAGGUGGGUUCCCAAUGGGCUACUCUGGCAGCCAGCCACAUCAGGACUGACCCGAGGGCUCUGGAGCGAGUCCCAUGUCCACUACCACACUGAGGACAGAGCUGAGAUCAGUGAGUCCAGUCACUCUGCCUCCAUGGCCUCCUCCAGCUAUACAGAGCGCAAGAGGAGAACCCUGCCCCAGCUCCCCUCCACCGAGGAGGCAACCCCAGGGGGGAGGAGAUCCCCUGGUCAAGCUCACCGCCCCUCCGAUGUGGGGGAGAAACAGGACACUGAGCUCCAGGAGAAGGAGAACCAGGAGAUGGGGAGAGAGGGAGGACCAAGCCUGGUGUGGAGGUGGUGGGGGUAGCCAGGCUGGUAGUGUGGGUGGAAGCACCAGAGGAAGUCCGAAAAAAAGGCUCUCCAGCCGA